AUGACGUUCAAGAAGGUCGUCGUGAUCGACUGCCAAGGCCACUUGUUGGGCCGCCUGGCUUCGGUCGUCGCCAAGGAGCUCCUCAAGGGUCAGCAAAUCAUCUGCGUCCGUUGCGAAGACAUCAACAUCUCCGGAUCUCUUCACCGCAACCGACUGAAGUACCAGCGUUUCCUUCGUCUCCGCAUGAACUCUAACCCGUCUCGCGGCCCCUAUCACUUGCGCGCCCCUUCCCGCAUCCUCUGGAGAACGAUCCGCGGCAUGUUGAGACACAAGGUUGAGCGCGGUCAGAAGGCGCUCUCCAGACUUCAGGUGUUCGAGGGCAUCCCUACCAUGAUUGAGCGCAUGAAGCGCAUGGUUGUUCCGAGCGCUCUGCGCAUCGUGCGUCUGAAGCCCACGCGCAACUACUGCAGACUGGGCGAUCUUUCGUCUCAGGUCGGCUGGUCUCACGGCGACCUCGUCGCGCGCCUGGAGGCCAAGAGAAAGACUCGCUCCAGCGCCUACUACCAGAAGAAGAAGGAAAGCAGGAAGAUGCAGGCAGAGGCCAAGAGCUUCGCGCAAGCCACUCUGCCCAAGGACCAAGUCGCCCUCCUCCAGCAGUACGGCCACGCAUAA